CUGAUCAUCACCUCCCAUACUGGAAGGCGUCGGCGCAUAUCAGCUAUAUCUAAUGCACGGAACAAACUCGUUCUGCACCCCCAAUACUAACAGAUCAUUCACGAAUGACAUACAAACAGCGGUGUGCAACAAUGACAUAAAGAUCCAUCAUACCCUCUAUGGCGUAUUUUGGGGCGAUGGAUCAUGGUAUGUUAGGGUUCCAUUGCAUUGGUUCGAGGACAUAGUCUGAAUCUUGCGCUCACAGGUUCUAGUAUGUUGUAUUGAUCUCCAACGUAGUUUCCUCUAUUCUGACGUUAAAUGGGUAGUACGUUCACUCGGGAAUCAAUGGAGAAGGCCAACGCUGCUGAUGGAAAUAACUCCUUCACUCAUUGCGCAUCGACAACCCUAAACGCAACCAGUAGUCUACCCUCUCAGUCGACGUCGUCUUCAAAAUCGACCCUACUUUCCCCGUCGACGUUGCUUGCACAGUCGAGCACGGAUUCUGCCGCUGCGAGUGCCACUUCAACUUCCACAUCUACACAAAAAGAAAGGUCAUCAAAAUCUCUCAAUGCGGGGGCUAUAGCAGGGAUCGUGGUAGGAAGUAUCGCAGGAGCAGGAGCGAUCACGCUUUUUCUCCUCUGGUUGUGCUGGUACCACCGACGACGAUAUGCUGUUAUCGAAAACUCGGAGACGUCUCCCCAUCCUUUCCCUCUUCAUCCAUGCCCAACGAUACUUCCACCACUGUGUUCCGAUAUGGAAGCUCGCUGCUCAUGAGGAGUCUCGGGUCAGCAGGGACACAACUCGGGGGGAAAAGACAGA